CCUAUUGUCCUCCUAUAAACAUGGAUGGCUGGAAAUACCUGUUGCUGAUGCUGGCAUUGGCAGCAAUAGUUUCGAUAUCAACUGGACAUAGGGGAGGAAACCAUGGUGCUGAACGCAGUGACGAAAGCGACAGAGACGAUGACGAUUGGGAAGAUGACGAUAUAGAUGAUGACGACAGAGAUGAUGACGACAGAUAUGAUGGCUGCCGAAAUAAUAAUGUGUGCUGCAACUACGUGAACCACAUGAUCAACGUGACCCAAUGGGUAGAACAUCCCUGUAAUGGAUCCGAGGAUGGCCGGACUGAAAGGAGCUAUCGGGAAGAACCGAUAUGUUACAAAAAGAUGGAGUACAUUGUGAAUAUCACAGUGUGUUAUAAGGUCUGCUGUGAGGGGUGGGUGAGGGAUGAAUAUGGCCUCUGUACAGUUCCUUCACCUCCUGAGAUACAGUGUGAAAAUGGCGGUACCCCGGACCCUACAGGCAGUGCCCACUGUCUGUGUUCUAAUGACUUCACGGGCAGACAGUGCGAAACAGCCGUGUGUCAUCCCCCAUGUGACAAUGGCGGGGAGUGUAUCCCAGAGAAUGGACAUUCUAUUUGUCUCUGUUCAGAAGGAUUCAUUGGCACACAAUGUGAACAGCCUCUUUGUCCCGAGAGGUGUCAAAAUGGAGGUUCCUGUGUAUCCAUGGGGUACUAUGCUGCUUGUCAGUGUCCUCCGGGCUUCUCAGGCAUGGCGUGUGAACACAGGGUGCGACCUGGAACGUGCCCGUCCAUUCGGGACAUGGGAGAUCUCCGAUCAACACAUAGGGGCUGUACUUUUGAUGACCAUUGUCCAAACAGCGACAAAUGUUGCCCUUCAAGAUACGGCAAGUUUUGUGUGACCCCUGGCACACCGACUUGUCUUCAUGACGGUCAGCACUACAAAGCGGGCGAGGAAGUCAGCAGAGGUGUUUGUGAGAAGUGUACGUGUAUCCGACCGUCCAUCCUCCACCAGAACGAUGAUGAAUUUGCCUGCUACACUAUUGACUGUCCACCUCUCAGCUGUACAGAUUAUAUCUAUCACAAAGACAAGUGCUGUCCCGUGUGUAAUGUUAAACUCCCGCGUGAACCACAAAUUUCUGACUGUCCAACUAAAACUAUAGAGUUAGCAGUUCAAGCAGAUAAGAACAUGAUCAACGUCGCAGAGAGGUUUAAGAGUAUCCACGCUCUUGACCACAAAAUGAAUGUUUUGAAGGUGACCUUCUCCCAUGUUUACUUGAGAUCAUGUGCCUGUAACUACACCGAACUUGACAUUCAACAGAUAUCCGUCGUAUCAGAACCGGACACUUACGGCAGAGUGGCCUACUGCUCAUUCACUGUCAAGGUCAUUGACGUGCACUCUCCCAGAUUUAGUCACUGUCCUUCUAUGAUCAGCGCUUUCACUGACGAGAAAAUAAUAUGGCGAUCUCCUGCAGUCUCUGACAACGUCGGAGUCCGGGAGAUGAAUUUCAGGGCUAAAUAUGCCAACAACACCAUGUUUCCGGAAGGAAAACAUUAUGUUGAGUACUACGCGAAGGACUUUCAUAAGAACGUCGCUAUCUGUCGUAUCCCCGUCUCAGUCUAUACCAGAGGUACUACCGAUCCUUCACUACCGGUCGGCAUGAGAAUGUCGUCGACCGACAGGAGCAAGCACAACUUGUACAUAGGUGUAGGUGUAGGAGCUGCUGUACUGUUGUUACUGCUAUUACUGGGGAUGCUAUACUGCAGAAGUCUCCGCAAAUCUUCACCUCCUCAACAGGCUCCCGUCACAAAGGACAAAACGGCGAACGCUUUCGACAAUGGAAUCUACUCUGAGGGUGUGCGUCCACCACCUUAUGACAACAUCGCUUUCGAGGGAGAGAAGGGCGGACCUCCCUCGUAUAAACCUGGAACUCCACCUCCCGUCUAUCGGGCCAAUAGCACGGCGCCAGACUACGAAAGUAUCGCAGUGUCGUCUGUGACUAGCGGUGUUGAAAACCAGUUAUACAUGGAUGAAAGUAUGUACCAUUCUAUCCCAGCCGCUUCCGUCCUCUCAAACAAAGAGGGCGAGGGAGAAAACAGUCCUCCGCCUUCCUUCAGUGGCGUCCCCACCAGUCCCGACCACUAUGAACAGUUAGACGUGCAAUCUGUGGCCAGCAAAGUCGUCUACGAUGAGCCGAAUCAGGGGAAAACGACGUAGAAAAUUAUGUAGUUUGUUCAUAUAAUCAAUUACGGAGUAGUCAUUUUUAUUUACGUGUACAAUUGUAACCAUUUUCUUUUUUCAAUCUAUUUAACCAGUAAAGAUUGUUUAUAUCAUACACAGGGGAUCGCUGUACUGACAAACGAUUACAUCCAGUUCAAAUAAAAUAUUUAACACGUUGUUGAUGCAGUCAUUUAGACAUUUGAUAUUUAAUCUCUCUUUGUAAAAUAAUAUGAACACACUGUUUCAUCAUAAGAUACAAAAUUCACAUGCGAGUAAGCGGAAAACCAUACAUUGACACUUAUCAUGCUAUUGAUAUGAAAGAACAGCCUGGCAAUUCCAUACCACUAAUCAGAAAGACCUUGUUCUAGAAGGGACUGGCAUAAUUUGCCUCUGGCUGGUAUGGAUUAGCACCAGAAGGAGAGAUUAACAAUAAAUUAACAUUGAUCAGCACGGAGCUGCGCUUGGAGGAGGCAUUGACCAUUUCCCGUACCAAUCUCCAGCAUAUGGUAGAAUUUGCAAUCGAGAGUGGGAAUGACCAUACUUCGCAACCACUUGCCACAUUUAAAAGAGGGACUAACUAUACCCCGCUAACACUGACCAGCAGGGAAUUCCAUUAGAAAUAUGGACUGACCAUAUGUCUCCGGAACAUUGAUGACGUCCAUCUAAUACGCGAAUUGACAUAUAUUUGUUAUCCCCUUUUCUCCUUUCGUUACCAUGUUUAUAGCAGUGUUUAUGAUUUAUAAUCAAGAUGCAGUGACUUGAUAUUAAAAUUACAAAAUUAUAAGUGACAAAAUUUUGAUUGUGAUCUUUUUAGCUUAAAACGUAAUUAUU